AUGCGCUACUCCUUCACUCUUCUUGCCUUUGCCGCCACGGCUCUGGCACUUCCCACCCCGCAACCUGCCGACGAUGGCAAGUGGGCCCCCGGAAAGUACGAGGGCGGCAAGACUGGCUACGACGACGGGAAGUGGUAUCCUGGAAAGUACCCAGGCCGAAGCGAAGACGACACCGUCAAUGAGGCCACAAGAGCCGAUGACGGCAAGUGGUACCCCGGAAAGUACGAGGGCGGUAAGACUGGCUACGACGAUGGCAAGUGGUACCCCGGCAAAUAUCCCGGCAAGCGUGAGGAAGAUGCCGAUGAAGUCAAGCGCGCCGAUGACGGCAAAUGGUACCCCGGAAAGUACGAAGGCGGCAAGACUGGCUAUGAUGAUGGCAAGUGGUACCCCGGAAAGUACCCAGGCCGAGAUGAGGCUAGCAGCGUUGAUGAAGUGAAGAGAGAGGAGGAGAUCGAUGAAGUCAGGCGUGCCGACGACGGCAAGUGGUACCCCGGAAAGUACGAGGGUGGCAAGACUGGUUAUGAUGAUGGCAAGUGGUAUCCCGGAAAGUACCCAGGCCGAAGUGAAGAAGAAUCAGAGGAGGUCAAGCGUGCCGAUGACGGCAAGUGGUACCCCGGAAAGUACGAGGGCGGCAAGACUGGCUUUGACGAUGGAAAGUGGUACCCUGGAAAGUAUCCCGGCCGCAGUGAGAACGAGGAGGAGGUCAAGCGUGCCGAUGAUGGCUCAUGGGCCCCUGGAAAGUACGAAGGCGGCAAGACUGGCUUCGACGACGGCAAGUGGUACCCCGGAAAGUACCCGGGCCGCAGUGAGAACGAUGAAGAGGUCAAGCGUGCUGAUGAUGGCUCUUGGGCCCCUGGAAAGUACGAAGGUGGCAAGACUGGCUUCGACGACGGCAAGUGGUAUCCCGGAAAGUAUCCCGGCCGCAGCGAGGAGGUCGAGGUCAACGCAUAA